AUCGCACUAUAUCUAUACAAUAGCAAAGGCGCGGAAUCGUCCAUCCUCUUCGGUAUUGACAGCGCCAUUCGGAAGCCAUUCCCGUUUAUUCCCAGCUGUCGAAAUAAUUCACGCGGGGAAGCGCACUCUCUACUCUGGGCCAACAUGAUUCGAGCUUAAUGAUAAAUACUGUGAUCUCUGUUACGUCCGAAUGUUUUCCGCAUCGGGCUUGAUGUCGCUCUGGGCAAUUUCAGACAAUUACGCCGUACCUGUGCCACAUCUGGAACACUGGGGAAGCAUGUUCAUCGGAACAGUACACAUAUAUUUCCCAUCGGCACGCAUUCUUCGAGAAUCGAUCGCUAGGGUUACCUUUAGUCGAAUCACAUUAAUUGCCCCUGUCAACAGACAUUGUAAAAGUGUAUUCAACGUUGACCGUUGCGAGAUGUGCUGUGAGAGGUAUGCUAAGUUGUGGGUUCGGCGGUCUGUGUAUAAGAUCGACGGUCCGGACCGCUGAGAUUUCACGAUAGGUAGUCUAGGUCAUCAAUAACUCCUCCAAA